AAGCAUGAAUUCAUCCAACUCCUACAGGCAGCUGCAUGCUCCUCAGCAGAGAUGAGGAUGGAUAAGAGGUCUCGGAGCUCUUCCAGAGAGUCUCAUAGGAGACGCAAGGAGUCCCCAGCUACACAGAGCAAACAAGAGAAGAGGGAGAGCAGCAGAGAAGCUGGCAAAAGAAGGGGAGACACAAAGCAGGAGAAGGCAAAGGAGAUCAAGAGCACCGCAGGGACUGACGGCAAGGUGCACACGUCCACAGUGGUGGACGUGGACGAUGUGAUAUCUGAUGAAGAAAUGGAGGCAAUGGCAUUGCUGGACAGCGAGCAGCAGGAGGAAGGUGUAAAGUCUCCAGGUCUGGGCAUCUGUGAGUGGCUUCUGACCAUCUUGUCCUUCCUUUUCAUCAUAAUGACCUUCCCUAUUUCUAUCUGGUUCUGCAUGAAGGUAGUGCGGGAGUAUGAGAGAGCCAUCGUUUUCAGACUCGGGCAUCUCCUUCCUGGCAGAGCCAGAGGGCCUGGCCUUUUCUUUUUCCUUCCCUGUCUGGACACAUAUCACAAGAUAGACCUCCGCCUCAAAACCCUAGAGAUCCCCUUCCAUCAGGUGGUGACCAAAGACAUGGUUACCUUGGAGAUAGAUGCCAUCUGCUACUACCGGUUGGAGAAUGCCUCUCUCCUCCUCACCACCCUGACCAGUAUCUCCAGUUCCAUCCAGCUGCUAGUGCAGACCACCACAAAGCGCCUCCUGGCACAUCGAGCUUUCUCUGAACUUCUCUUGGAGAGGAAGAGCAUCAGCCAGGAGAUAAAGGUGGCUUUGGAUGCAGUCACAGGCUGCUGGGGAAUCAAAGUGGAGAGAACAGAAAUCAACAACGUGCAGCUGCCUGCUGAAGUCCGGCAGUCCCUGGCUGUGGAAGCGGAGGCCCAGAGACAGGCCAAAGUGCGGGUGAUUGCUGCUGAGGGGGAAAAGGCUGCUUCUGAGUCCCUGCGGAUGGCAGCUGAGAUCCUGUCCGGUGCCCCUGCGGCCGCUCAGCUCCGUUACCUCCAUGCGCUGCACUCCCUUACUGCAGAGAAACCUGCUGCUUUCAUCUUGCCCUUGCCUUUGGAUGCCAUGAACCUGGUCCCUCCAGCUACCCACAGUCCUCCGGCCGUAAGCAGCCUCCUCACAGACACCACAGAGCUCCCAGAAAUACUAAAAGACAAGAAGGACUCACCCAUGCUCUAACAGCUGUCCCAGAAAUGCUUGCCACAUUGCCCCUGCUCAGCCCUGCUCAGAGAAGAGCAAGAACAUUCAUCUAUCUGCAGCCCACCAGCAGGUCCUGGUCUGGAGGCAGGAGGGAAGGCAGCCCAGGCCUGUAAUAUAAAGUUAAUUGUACACAGAAGAAGCCUCUGCUUGUUUUUGGAAAGGGAGACGAUUUGGAGCACAAGGAACAGGGCUGGCACGUGUGUGAGCAGGGGACUGAGGGAAGAGGGGUGUUGUCGCUUCCACUUCACAGGGCCAGAUGCACCUUGACAGACACCCUUGGGCCUGGCCUCGGGUCUGAUCCCUCCCACCCCCUCACCUUGGCAGGAAGGACAAACUAGCCCCUACGUACUUAAAUGCCCCCAUCCCCAAACUGGCCAGCCGGGCAGGUAGGUGUGGGAGCCCAACGGUCAGUGGGGGACAGGAAGGGGCUCAGCACUCUUGCAGGUUGAGGGGUGCCGCCAGUCUGAUUCUCCUGCGGUGAGGGAACGAGCUGGGUCCUAUGGCAUAGUCCUGGAUGUGGGUUUUCAGUCGCCACCCCUGCGCAGGUACAUACAUGCAGAGGCAGCUAAGGUGUUUAGCCCUUGUUCUAGAACAGGAGGAAAAGGGAGAAAAAAAGGGCAGCCUUUAAGGCUUGGCACUUCCCUGCAAGGCUGUGCAGAGGAAAGGCAGGCUGUGCUGCUGCUUGCUUCCACUGGGGGGUGAUGCAGGACAAGGUCUGAGCUUGUGGGCAUCUAAACCUUUUAGGGGUGAUCCGUUUAACCAACUCCCACCGAGCUGACACGGGGGAAUCCAGCACUGCUGGGGAAGAGCCACCUGAGGGCCUUAACAGGAACACUUUUGCCUGCUGCAGCUGCUUUGGUAACCUCCACACACAGGGAAGGAACAGAGGAAGUCCUCAAAACUUCUAUAACCCUCAAAACUCCUGUAUUACCUUCCCUGCCAAAAGCUAUUUGAAAAAGCGGGAACCUACAGAUACUGCAAUCCUUUCCCUUGGCAAAGAUAUGGAGCACUGCCAAAGGAAAUAGCGCUGCUCUCGGUUUCUCUGACCCUGGUGCCCUUUGGGUGGACAUCAGCUCUGCUCCUGCCCUUUUACCCGACCCGCAGCGUCUCCCCUUGCCUCAAAGCAGACCUCUGUUGCACAGCUGUUCCCAGGCCCAACGUUCUGCUGCUGGUGGCCUGUAGAGGCCAAAAUAGAGGGCACGUUGUGGCCCUCCUCUUAAUUGCCCACAUGGUAGUUAGCCAUCAUGCAUGUGCCUAGCAGGGGUCACUUGCUCUUGCAUUUUCACUCAAUUUAUUCAGUCCCGCUUUGCCUGCUGGUAACAGUCACGCACAUUGGCACAUAUCAUCAGUAACUCUUCUGUUAAAUGCAGCUAUGUCACGAGGGCAGCCUGUGGGUCCUGGCUUAAUACUGCUGCAAAGGACAAGGAUCCUGCUUUUACUAAGUACCACAUAUUCUGUAUUUAAUCAGUGCCUUCAGCUCCAUGGAGAUUCCUUCUCAACACCCAGUGCUCCCAUAAUACUCACUCUACAAGUAUUUGCUGGCCUUUUUACAGCAAGGGCACCUGGCAAACCCGCCCUCUUAACAAGUGGCUGCGAAGUAGAAAAAAUCUACUUGUGAACUUCUUGGUGAUCACAUGAACAUCCAAGCUCCAGGCUUACCCUCACAUCCAAACCAUUCUGCCACUGCAACCCUCUCAGGAGAGGGUGGCAGGAUGGCUGUGGCUCCUGCUUGUGUGUCUGUAAGAGAUCUCAGCAGUGAUCCACUCAUGGAAAACUGUCUCUGGGAAGUGGAACAGCUUUGUAAUCUUCCACUGGCAAACAUGAGCUGCGUAGUUACUUCUCUAAGGUCUGUUGUAGUUGUUUCUCAUGCUACUGGAAUAGGGCCCUGUUUCCUAACCUAGGGCAAAAGGUUAGGAAAGACAGUGAGCUGCAGAUGAUCCUUUCUCUGAACACUUCUCUGGCUGAAUUUCUAACUCCAUGUACGAUGAUCCAUCCAGACCAAGAUUCCUUGGCACAUCAAGGACCAACACCUCUACAAGUAAUGUCUGAAAGGAACAACACUUAGCCUGAGAAAUGACUGUCAAGAAACAUGCAGCGCUAUGCCACGGCACACAUAUUAGCCUAUUUGCACUCAUAUCUGCAGAAGUCAGGCAUAGCUUUUUCAAAUGUGUAACUUUUCUGCACUUACAGAAGAGGCAAACUGUAGCUAAGAGCAUCCUCUGUUCCAAACAGCAUGCCUUGUUCCAGCAGGAUCUUCCUUCUUUUCAAUAUACAGAGCUGGCAUACACUUGUCAUUUUACCUUCAGAAGAUAUUGCAUUCAAAAGCCUUGCAGAAGGAAAACAUAAUAUUAAAAUGUACUUCAGGAUUAGUGAUAUAUGAUGCUACCAAAAUAGAAUUUACUCCGAGGGAGUUGGCUGGGGUUGUCUGAGCUGACGCGAUCCCUGACAGUUUUACUGCCUGCUCUUCCAAGCUGACACUGGGUCAGCUUGCGGAGUCAUGCCAAACCCAAGCAGCUCUGCUGGCCUUGCCAAGCUUUAUAACUAUACAGACUGCGCUGGGCUGGGGACCCGACAGAGGCAGAGUCCUGGGUGGCUACCCACUGGGCAGUUUGGCCUCUUGAGCUGGCAGCAAUUUAAGAAAGGCCUUUCAGAAUCCUGCACAGCAUCUGGCUGCUCCA